GGACUCGACUCAGCCGCACAUCGCCACUCUCUCCACCGCCUCGAUGAAGUUGUGUCGAAGAUGGCGGAUUUCCUGCCGUCGCGGUCCUUUCUGUCCGUGUGUUUUCCCAAAUGUCUACUGAACAGCGGCGAGGCGGAGCAGCUGAGGAAAUCCAAGGAGAUAGAUAAAUCCAUUUCCAAGGACAAAACUUACGUGAAGCGGCUGGUAAAGAUCCUGCUGCUGGGCGCCGGAGAGAGCGGCAAGUCCACCUUCCUCAAGCAGAUGCGGAUCAUCCACGGGCAGGACUUCGACCAGCGCGCUAAAGAGGAGUUCAGAGCCACCAUAUACAGCAACGUUAUUAAAGGUAUUCGAGUUCUGGUGGAUGCACGAGAAAAAUUACACAUCCAAUGGGGUGAGCCAUCGAACCAGGAGCACGGAGAGACGGUGAUGGCUUUUGACACACGCUCGUCCAAAAUGAUGCACGGCAUGGUGGAGACAAAGAUCUUUCUUCAGUACCUGCCCUCCAUUCGCUCACUGUGGGCAGACAGUGGCAUUCAGCACGCCUACGACCGGCGCAGAGAGUUCCAGCUGGGUGAAUCGGUGAAAUAUUUUUUGGAUAACUUGGAUAAACUCGGAAUGCCGGACUACCUGCCCAGUCAGCAGGACAUUCUGCUGGCCCGUAAACCCACCAAGGGCAUCCAUGAGUACGACUUCGAGAUCAAGAACGUUCCCUUCAAGAUGGUGGAUGUAGGAGGCCAGCGGUCAGAGCGGCGGCGGUGGUUCGAGUGCUUCGACAGUGUUACCUCCAUCCUGUUCCUGGUGUCCUCCAGUGAGUUCGACCAGGUGCUGAUGGAGGACCGACUGACCAACCGGCUGAUGGAGUCGCUCAACAUCUUCGAGACGAUCGUCAACAACCGCGUCUUCAGCAACGUCUCCAUCAUCCUGUUCCUCAACAAGACGGACUUGCUGGAGGAAAAGGUCAAGACCGUGGCCAUCAAGGACUACUUCUCUGACUUCACCGGGGACCCGCACAACCUGGAGGAGGUAAAGGACUUCCUGGUGACGUGUUUCCGGAACAAACGGCGGGACCAGCAGCAGAAGCCCCUUUACCACCACUUCACCACCGCCAUCAACACCGAGAACAUUCGGCUGGUCUUCCGCGAUGUCAAGGACACCAUCUUGCACGACAACCUCAAACAGCUCAUGCUGCAGUGAUGCUGUGUUUCUUCUGGCUCCUUUUGUCGUCAUUCUUUCGUUUGGUCUCCCUCACCCCUUCAGCUUCACCCCCCUCCCCCUCCACUGUUCUGCAAGUUUGUACUCCACAAUAUAACCUUUCAGACUAGCUCUAAAAUUAGGGGGGGGGUGUCUUGUGAGGAAGAUAGGGGCUUAGCUGUGUGAAGGAAGUGCUGAAUGACUUGGUGUGUCUGUCAGUGACCACUGCGUGGCCUUGGUUUGGGCAGAAAGCUUAGAGAUGGGAGUGUGUGUGUGUGUGUGUGUGUGUGUGUGUGUGUGUGUGUGUGUGUGUGUGUGUGUGUGUGUGUGUGUGUGUGUGUGUGUGUGUGUGUGUGUGUGUGUGUGAUGGGGCUGCAUAAUGUGAACAAAGCACCUGAUUAUACAAAGUCCUGAUUCUGUUGACACACAUUGCAGAUAGUAACUAAAUUGGUUAACCCUUGAUGCAUAAUUUUUGACUGUUAUUUAGAUCAUGUGUCCCCAAAAAAGUGACUGUGAUAUUGUUAUUGGCUAAAAUUUGUACAUUUAUGGCCAAUAGCCAAAUUGAUUAAGAAGUUGUUAAUUGUGCUGUCCCAGUGUGUGAAUGAAUGAAUGAACUAAAGUGUGUGUGUGUGUGUUUGUGUGUUUGUGUGUGUGUGUUUGUGUGUUUGUGUGUGUGUGUUUGUGUGUUUGUGUGUGUGUGUUUGUGUGUGUGUGUGUGUGUGUUUGUGUGUGUGUUUGUGUGUGUGUUUGUGUGUGUGUUUGUGUGUGUGAGCGAGUGAGUAAUUCAAUGCUCCUAUCUGCCUUUAUUAAUCAGCCUGCCAUAAAGUGUGUACAACAUGCACAGCCUCACUAGAGGUGCCAAAAAUAAGAUGCAUUUUCUAUCCCCAUACGAGUUACUAACCAAUAUAUGACUGAUGGAGAGAAAGCAGGGUUUUAUCCCAGCAAUGUUCUUAAUCUGUCACCUUUUGAGCCUUUUAUUACUGACCAAAUGGCAAAAGCAAUGGUUUAAACAGGUUUUAAAAGCCUUUUCAUUUUAAUUUUAACAUUUCUAUUUUAAUAGGAACAACGUUCUGAGCCUUUCUGUCGAUACCUGCCUGGCUGUAACUGUCUUGUUUUUAGCUGUAGCUUCUAAUCAGGUUCUGUUUUGACUGUUUUUGUUGUUUUGUUUUAUUUUGUUUUAUAGAUACAUGAAUAUAUUUACCUGUAAGUUAUAUUUUCAGAGGUUUACACUUUAAUUUUUCAGCCGCCGCUGACGAAUACCGGUUACCGAUGAUUGAUGGUUACUUGGAGAUAGAUGAGAAGGUCUUCAGGCGCACACAGACAAACACACACCAUUCACACACACGUUUCUGCGGUUAGACCACUUAAACUGAACGUAUGCUGUAGAGUAAAGCCCUGCCAUAGGACAGGCAGGCAGACUUGCGUAGUAUGGCGUCAACUCAGGGCUGAAAGUCGACCACUUUUAUUUUGUGUUUUAAAGUUUUAACAAUUUAAAACCUUCCCUAAAAUCCACUCACACGCUGUCUACCAGUGGUUGGAACGAGUUUGUCUUGCUGACCUGUUAACUAACAUGCUUUUUUAAAAAGUUGUUUUCGUCUAGAUCAGCAAGAUUCCUCCUUUAAGAUUUUACUUAGACAUGUGUCCGUCAGGGAAGGGGGAGUUUAUUUUUGUUUGUUUUUUUAUUUAUUUAACCUGUUUUAAUCAUUUUAACCACAAAUCAAAGUAGCUGACCCUUUUGUUUUUGGUUGUUUUUUUUAUGGUGACAAAAAUACAUAAAGUGCCAAAAGUUAAAAGGUACCCGUUACAAUAAGAUCUCUGUUUCUCUCCACAUUACGCCAGUGAUGUACAAAAGGGAUAGGAUUUAAGAAGAAGUCACCUUAUGAAAAGAUUUUCCUGCUCAUCAAACAUUGUUUAUAGCUGAUGUAUAGUGCUGUGUCCACCCAGUAUACAGUUUCAUAAGGGGUGUUUUUAAGUGUAUAGUAUGUAUCUCACUCUUUUUUUCUAACAUAUGCAGCCCACACUGAUGAUGUAAAGCAAAUUCUCCUCUUUUCUUCCUGCUACUGCUGCAUAUUCACUCAAAGACACCGUGUUGUAUCUCCUCAGUCACUCUCCUCUCACCCGUUCAGUAUUGCUGCUGCUGUUACUGCUGCUGCUGCUGCUUGACUGGUCCCUAUCUGGUUGUGUGGCAACCUCCAUGGUGAAUGGUGGCUAUACAUCUCUAUGCAUGCAGACACUGUUUCAGGCUCCCAAUGGCUGCAGUCCAGUGAAUAGCCCUGCAGACCUGCAGCCUCUAGAGCUCUUUGUCUGGCUAAAAACUGCCUCAUGUCCCUGGCCAGAGGCCCAGGACCCUCGUGAAAGGCGAGGAUUUUAUGCUUUCUGGACGUUUCUGACCAGACCCACUGUCCUCAUGUGCCAGUCAGUGCCCCUUAUAAGUGCUAAAGCAGGACAAGCACUGUUCAGAUGAGUGAGUGAGUGUGUGUGCAUGUGCACAGAUUUUAAUUUCCUUCAGGAGUUUGCGUUUCAGAUGUGUGCGUGUGAGGCUCUGUUCUGCUUUGCUUACAGUAAUAAGCCUAAACCAAAAAAAAAAGUUUCAUGUUGUUUCAUUACCACAAGUGUAAUCAAGCACCUAGCCAUGCAGGCUUGACUGACAUUAGUGAAACCGUGGGUUAAUGGGUGGCUCUAAAGAGCUCACUAAACUCCAGUGAAAUAUUUCUUCUAUUCUUGAUAUUUCUUCAUCUGCUGUGAGUGAUAUUAUCAAGAAGUGGAAUCAUUUAGGAAUCACAGCAACUACCACAAGGUGUCAGACCACAUUAAAUUUACAGAGCAGGGGUCUCAUAGAUUUCUUCAUCACUCAGCUCUAACAGCAGGUGUAGUUAUUGAGUCAGCAAAGGGGGAGCAACUCCACAAAUUUAGGAUGGGAUUUCUUAAACUCCCACUGGUGUGAUCUGUCAGUCUCCCAAUACUUCUCUAUUUAGUGCAUAUGCUAAAAUUAAAGCCUCUGUUAUAAUAAUGUACAUAUUUGCUCAGUUACAGCGUGGCCUUUAUUAUUAGCAUAGCACUUUUAAUACGAGGCAUAGCCUAAGCCUAAUAAUCAAGCUUCCAUAAAUAUAAAUAAACUUGGUCUUCUGUUUAAACGUGAUAGCAGCCAGUGUCAUCACACCUGUAAGAAUGUUUGAGCUGUUUCAGAACUGUAUGCAGAUGUGUUGUGAUUUUUCUAAAAUUGUGUUUAUUGUGCAGUUGUAGCUGCUACUCUCUGUGCUCACCAGAGAUCAGAAAGACGUUCUUGAGAAAAAAGAGGUUGAGGUGCCUUCAGGUUUUGCACAGCAGCAGUUUAAAUGAGCCAUUAGCAAGUUUUUUUUCUCUCUUUCUCCAUUUUAGCUCUUUUUAUCACAGUGCAAAAUACAUUUUAGUGAGAGAGUGGUUUUAAGCAGCUCUAGGCAGGCCUUAGUCAUUUUUGAGGUGCAUUAUAUGGCGUUUAAACGUUUUUCUCCUUAAAGAGGACUGCAGGAUGUGGACAAAAUAUGACUUAAAAUAUGAUUAUAGCACUAUGUAUGAUAAUUCCUCUGCAGUGAAAAUUACAUUUAAUUGCCUCUUUUUGCAGGGCUAACCGUUUCUGAGCACGUUGGGUAACUCUUCUGGCAUUUCCACAGAGACAUGUUGAGCUAGGUCGUUAGCCGGUAUGCUAGCGCACUGAUGGUGAUGUUAAAUAAGGCCAGAAGCCAGCAUGUAAACUAUUAGUUCUCCGUUUCACAAUCAGUUAUCAGCUAGUUACUAGCAUACUAACUUGCUAAAGGCCAGCAGCUGUGACUGGUCAGCAACUGUUGCAUAGUAUUUAUGAGGUGCUGUGCACAUCCUGGUCUAGAUUUAGCAACAUAGCAAAUAGAAAAUGAAAAAAUUGAACAGGUCCUAACAGGUUCGCACCACCGUGAAGCAGUAGGUGAACACCAGGGGGUCAAAAACACUCGCACAAUCUCAUCUUUUACUGUAAAAACAUGUCUAGCAGGAUCAUUUGUAUAUUGUUACAUCAGUAUUGUAAAGACUGAUAUGGCAUGACGUUCAUAACCACUGUUAUAGUGUAUGGCCCUAGUUGUACUAGGAGUACUUGAGUGUUUUUCAGCCUCAUAUACUCUAAAUCGUUCUAUUUAACACUGAGAAUUGGUUCUGUAUUGUAUUGAAAGAGUUUUUUUUUUUUUUUUUUUUUUUUUUACUCAUUUCAUUAAUAGAACUUCUUUUUACCCCUUUAAGAUCAGGCAAAGUAUGAAAGUAAAAUUUCAGCAUUGUCCUUGUUCUAUAUUAAACCACUGCAUGUAUUAAAGUAUACUAUUUAAAAGCCCUAUACACACUACACACAAGGCUGGUUUUUGUGUGUAGUUGUGUUUGAAAAUGUUUCGCAGCGCAUAUUAUAAUAUUAUAAUGCAAAGCUGGUUCAGGCUGCAUUCUGAGCAUCGCCACUAGGGGUGCUACAGCCACAGCAACGUUUUCUUGUACCACCAUGCGUGAUUGAUGUAUGUUUUGGCCAUGUACAUGGUGUAAAGUUCCAAUACAUAAAUUUAAACUAAGCUGCAAAAUCAUUGAGUUUUGAUUAUGCUAUUUCUGUGAUGUCACUUGAACAAUCACAUUUACGUCCCUGUCUAUUCUGUGCACUGCAGUUAUCAGGGGUGUUUAACUGCAGUCAUGCUUUCUUUCUGAAAGUAUGACCGAUGGACAACAGAUCUCAUUUACAUACUUUAUUUUUUAAAUCUGAAGUGUUUAUAAGAGAUAAAGACGGUCCACACAAACCUGUCUUAAGCUUAAGGGUAUACAAUUAAAAAAUGUAAAUUAAGAGCCUUUUCUAAAAAUAUAUUAGCUUCUAUUACAAGUGUAUUUAAACUCAAAAAGUGUUCAGGGGAACUCAUUGAAACUCAUAAUGAAGUAUUCAUCAGAUUAAAGCAUGAAAUGGCUCAUCUUAUUGCUGUUAAACAAAAGCAGUGUGCUGCUGGAGAGCUGCCCAGAAGUCAAAUCUGAAUGCACCUCAGCUUAUAAGUCUGUGGUUUGUGAGAAAGGAAAAAGAAUCAAUGGAUGAAUCAGACUGUUUUUUUAUAUUUUACCAAAACAGACACAGAGAAGGCCUUAUGCUUCUGACUCAGCACACACACUGCCUAUGAGUGUGUGGUGGUCAGAUGUGUGUCAGUAAAUACGAUUCAUUAAAACUGUUCCAGAACAUUCUUUAAAACUCUUUCUGCAAAAACACCAGUGCCUCAUUUUAGUGUUUUACUGUAGCUGUACGCCAGGCAGCAGGUUAGGGGCUGUAUAGUAUAGAAAAAAAAACAAGUGAUGCUGUAAUAACAGACACAGAUACACUACUUACUUAACCUGUACUUCUGUGCCUGAAUGCACUGUGAGAAAGAAAUGACUUGUACGUCACUGUUACGACGCAGAUUUGCUGUAGCUUGUUUUUGUAAACGGUGUAGAAAACAAAAUGGCUUUGAGAUUCUCUCAAUGUUGUGGAAAGAAAAUGGAAACAAAAGAAAAACUGAAUCAAAAAUGCCUGAAAUUGUAAUCUUUUCUUCUUUUCCCAGAAAAUCAAGUGCGCUGAUUAUGUAGAAUUAUGCAAAGAUUAGGCCUGAAAAUGAAACUGCCGAUUUCUAGUGCCUCCAGUUUUCAUGCCUCAGACUUUUUCAAGCCUUUUCUUAUUUUUAAUUGAAAUUUUGUACUUAGAUGAUUAAAUUUUUUGCCUUAUGUGAAUGUUUUGUAAAUCCUGAUUCUAAUCCUACUAAAAGAUGUCAGGGCUCUCAUCUCCUGUCAGAACAGAAUACUGAACUGCUCUCUAUGUACAGUCUAACCUUUGCUUUCUCACACUUUUCCAUCCUUCAAUAAAAAAAAAACAUUUUUUUAAACAA